AUGAAAGGUAGAUUGAGAGCGAAAGAGACAGCAGUCACCAUUGGUCUUCUGCUGUAUUUAUUAUUUGGCCUGAUUCUUUAUCUGGAGAUACCUAAGUAUGCAAUUAAGAUAGUAGAAGCAGAAGAGAGCAUAGAAGAGGGCAGGCCCCUCAUCGUUUACUCAAUAGAGGAUAUAAGGAAGAUUAAAGCGCAGUGCAGAUGCUGGAUAAACUGUUCGUGUCUUCUUGAAAAGAGCAAUAGGCUAGUGGAGAACAGAAAAAUAGCACAGAACCAGGUGGAUGUACUGAUUAUCUCGCCAUUUGACUUAAAAACAAUUAUAUCCCACAGUAUUACAUCCACGCCCUGCAUUAUCACACAGCCCAGAAAACCGUGGCUCUCUUCCAUCGCAUCGUACAGUCUGUAUGAAGCUCUGCAGAUCCUUAGAUUUGUGCUAGAAGAGUCACUGAGCGUACUAGUCAGCGAGUGCUUGUCUGCCGAGAAUAGAAAUGUGGUAGAAUAUACUAGAACGGGCCUGUGUACAGUGCUUAUCUUUGCAGGCAUAGUAUGCACACUUCGAGAGGUUAUAGGAGCUAUCUCCAGAGAAAAAGAAAAGAAGAAAAAGUCUGGCCUAGAAACAGAUGAGAUUAAUGCACUGCAAGAGUGA